AUGAAGAACAAGUUGAUUGAGGAAAAAAUCAUUGCGCUAGAGGAAAAGGCAAAGGCGAAGGUUCGGAAGUUGCAGAUGGUCAUUAAGGUGGAGUCAGAAAGUACCGUGAAAGUUGAACAAGUGACAAA